AGGAACCGCCGAGGCAGAGUUUAGGACAGUAGGUAGCCUACACAGCAAGCAGCAGCGGCCGCAUCGUUUCAACGACAGGACUAUUCUUCAAGAAGAAACUAGGCUAAAUGUUAAUUCAUAUAUUUUACAAUGGACCUACUACAAUAUGAACACUUCCUCCAGUAGUGCAGCUAUAAUGGUUUUAUUAAAUACAAAUCCAACUGGUCGACGGGACAGAAAGGGAUUCGUCUAUCAAGACAGCAAUUGUCUCUCUACACUCCGGCAAAGGCAUCCAGGCAGCCAACGUUAAGAGGGACAGCAUCGGACUGGAGUAAACUACAUCAUGUCUACCAGCGUACUCAGUCAGCCUCAACGCAAGAGGGCCAGCUUCUUCAAGCUUAUUGACUCAUUUGCCCUGGAGAUCGGGACCCUGAAGAAGGAGAUGGUGGGAAGGGAAUCAGAGUCGUCAGAAAAAGGCCCCGCCAAUGGCAGUCCUCACGGGCUGAGUGGUGAGCUUGACGGGCUCUUUCUGCAAGCUCCGCCUCUGAAGCCGCCAACCGGCUGGGGGCCGGGGCCCGCAGGGGCCCGGGACUGUGGCUACGACUCCCUGCACCGGCGCCUGAGCCUGCUGGACCGAGUGUCCCAGACCCACGCCGUGUGGCUGCAGCUGGGCUGCAGCCACCAUGACACCGUGGCUCUCCUGGAGAGCCAGUCACCUGGGACAUUUGUGGUGAGGAAGUCUAGCAGCCUGCAGAGGAAGGUCAUAUCCCUGCGCUUGGACAGCGACUCAGCCCCCCCUAUCAAAGACUUCCUAAUCAAAGAGAGCCAAUACACUUUUUCCUUGGAGGGAUCUGGCCUGAGCUUCGCCGAUCUGUUCCGUCUGGUGGCGUUUUUCUGCAUCAGCAGGGAUGUGUUACCUUUUACGCUGAAGUUACCAGAGGCCAUCGCCACAGCCAAGAGCCCCAGAGACCUGGAGGAGGUGGCAAAGCUAGGAGCAGGCUUCUGGGACUCUGAGCUUUGCUUUGGUAAAAAGCGCGUUGUCUCCUGGUCCUCCCCGGGGACUCACGCCCCCAACCGGCCGCCGCCCGCUGCCCAGAGGAGGGUAACCUUAGACACCAGCCCGGGCGUGCGUCCCCGGUUGCUAACGCGCAGCCCUUCGGAGCUUGAGUGCUGCCAGAGCAACGGCGCACUCUGCUUCAUCAACCCCCUCUUCACCAAGGUCCACCGAGCCCCCCUGCCCUCGGAGACCCCCCCUGUAACACCCCAACAGACCCCCUGCAACCAGGUGAAUGAGGAGGAGGAGGAGCCUGUUGCCGGUAGCGACAGUAGCAGCAACCAGGAGGCCGGCGUCGACGGGGAGAGUCUCGGUCGAGUCUCCAGGGCGGAGGCUCUAAGUGAGGUGAACGUUCUGAGGAGCGCUCAGCAGACCUCGGUAUCACAGCCAGGGCAAGGCCCUCGAAGCAUCGACCAAUCACAGAGCACGGCGAUCUCCAGCGUCUGCUGCUCACCUCCGCCUCAACGACCCCCGCCUCCUCGCCAGCCCCCACACCGGCCCGUUCCCCCCCCGCCCGUCAGACAGUGCAGCAUGCCGGAGAAGAUCCCUUGGCAGAAGGAGCCGAAGGAGACAGGUGGCAGCUUCCUGCACCGGCUGGGCUCCUCCCUGAGCAUCAGCACCUCCUCCUUCCCCUCCUUCCCCUCCUUCUCCUCGUCCUCGCCGCCGACCAAGAAGCUGAGCAUCAGCUCGCCCAUCUCCAUCCCACGGCCCUCGCUGGUCUCCCUGUCCUCGUCGCCCCGCCGGGUGAAGGCCUCGCCCUCCACCAGCCAGGACGAGGUCACGUGCCACCUGGCCAUGGAGGAGCGCACCAUCCAGCAGGCCCUGAGCCGCUCCCAGGUGACGCGGCAGAACGCCAUCCUCCCCCGCCACCACGACACCCUCGACAGCCCCGGCUCCCGGAGCUCGCCCGACGCCACGGCCCGAGAACGGGCGGAGGGUUCGCAGGGCGGCGGCGGCGGCGGCGGCGGCCAGCGGCUGAGCGACAUGAGCCUCUCCACGGACUCGUCGGAGCCCGACUCCAUGGACCUCUCCUUCUCCUCCUUCUCCGCCUUCAGGCUGCCGCCGUUGCAUGACCCCAGCCCACCCACCCUGGCCGACUACGCCGCACACCUGCCCCUGUCCCUCUCGCCGCCCCUCCACCACCGCCUCCUCCGCCAGGAGAACCACCAGGGGCCCGACAGCAGCAUGGAGGAGGACGAGGACGAGGACGAGGACGAAGACGAGGACGAAGAGGAGCAGGACUUCGGCGUGGGCCUGGAGAGCGACCCGGACGCCGAGCAGGACCAGGACCUGACGCUGUUGCCCCCGGGCCGCCGCAGCGGGGCCAACCGGAGGGCCAGCGCCGGGGCCCUGGGCCUGCAGAGGGCGCUGCAGUGCCAGCUGCGCAAGAUGACCGGCGUGUUCCGCUUCAGCUCCCUCCUGACGCCGGAGAAGCGGGCGGUGCGGCGCGUGCUGGAGCUGUCCCGGGACAAGUCGUCGUACUUCGGGUGCCUGGUGCAGGACUACCUGAGUUACAUGUGCGAGGGAUCGCAGGCAUGGCAGGGCCACGACUCGGGCCUGGAGCUGCUGCAGACGCUGCGGCAGUUCGUGACUCAGAUGAAGAGGUACCUGAGGCAGAGCUCGGAGCUGGAGCCGCCCAUCGAGAGCCUCAUCCCCGAGGACCAGAUCGACGGGGUCCUGGAGAAGGCCAUGCACAAGUGCGUGCUGAAGCCGCUGAAGGGCGUGGUCAGCGCGGCGUUGCUGAAGUUCCAGGUGCGCAGCGGGGCGUGGCAGGAGCUGCUGGAGAACCUGGCCCAGGCCAAGGCCCGGCUGCCCCAGGACAUGGGGCUGCCUGACGGCCCCCCGCCGGACCCCCUGGCCGUGGAGAAGAUCAAGCAGAAGCUGCAGACGCUGUGCAAGAUGUACUCCCCCGAGAAGAAGGUGACGGUGCUGCUGCGUGUCUGCAAGCUCAUCUACGGCGUGUUGGAGGACAGCCCCGGGCGCAUGUCCGGAGCGGAUGAGUUCCUGCCCAUGAUGACCUACGUGCUGGCCCAGUGUGACUUGCCUCAGCUGGACCAUGAGAUCCUGUACAUGAUGGAGCUGCUGGAUCCCUCUCAGCUCAACGGAGAAGGCGGGUACUACCUGACCAGCGCCUACGGAGCCAUGUCCCUGAUCCGCAACUUCCAGGAGGAGCAGGCGGCCCGGUUGCUGCGCACGCGCGACACGCUCCGCCAGUGGCACCACCGCCGCACCAGCCAGCGCUCCGCCCCCUCCGUGGACGACUUCCAGAACUACCUGCGGGUGGCGCUGAAGUCUCUGGACAGCGGCUGCACGGCCAAGACGCUGCCGGUGCGCCCCUACGCCACGGCGGAGGAGGUGUGCCAGCUGUGCGCCCACAAGUUCAAGGUGUCGGGCGUGGAGGACUACGCCCUGUUCCUGGUCAUGGAGGGAAGCAGCCAGCAGCUGGCGCCAGACACCCACCCGCAGAAGAUCAAGGCGGAGCUCCACAGCCGGGCCCAGGCGCCGCCGUUCCACUUCGUGUACCGCCGCGCGGGACCCCUGGAGGAGAUCGCGUCGCCCAUCAACCUCAACAGACUCCCGCUGACCUCCGACCCCGGCGAGCUCGACCUUGGCGACCCCGACCUUGGCGACCCCGACCCGGGCGCGGUCUCCUCUGGCCCCGCCUCCUCCUCCUCCCCCUGCAGCAGCCUGAGCCCCAGCCUGAGCCCCAGCCUGAGCCCCAGCCUGAGCCUCAGCCUGUUGCCGGGGCACCGCGACGUGACCUCCGUGUCCGUGUGACCCGGUGCUUCUAAGGGUCAGCCGGGCUGGACUCGCUGGGCUCGCCCCACUUCUCCUUUUCGGGUGGCGCCCCGUUGCGGCGCGCAUCUCUCCCGCUGGCGGGCCGAGAGGGAAGGAAGUGAGACAGACACUGAGCCAUCUUGUUCCGUCUUGGUUUCGUUGCGGUUUCCUCAUCUCAUGUGUGUGACCCUCUGUGAGGCGGCGGGCGAGAGCAGUGCUCACGUGGACCCCCGUUGGUCCUGGAGACGCCUCGGUGAAGGCCACAUUAACAGGGUUCACCCCGCGUGGACAGCCGUGGGGACAGGGAGGGCUGGAAGCCUCCUGGUUCCUGAAUGUUGAAACCUGUUUACUACGGUUAUUGUUUAUUAAUGACGAUAUUGUGUAGGAUAAUGUUUUAUACAUGAUUUUUAUUUGUAUGAUUAACUUGUUGCAGUUGCUGGUUAACUGCCUGCGGUGUGUGGUUGGGUUCUUUUAAAAGAGACAUUAGCAGUGAUGUGGGCGUCACCGUCUAUAUUUUUGUUAGAAACAAUUUUUUAGAAACUGCCGUAUCAUCUGUGCAGAAAGUUAAGUCUUUUAUAUAAUGAAUGUUUUAAUUGUUAGUGAUUAUCCUGGAGAUAUUACAGAUAUAAGCCUUUCCGCAACGAUGGAACCUUCCAGUUUUUAAAUGAUACUAAAUAAAACCGCCAUGUUCUUAUCUGUGCCUUCUGGGAACCCUGGCAUGGUCAUGAAAUACAGUACUACUGAUAUGAUUCCUUUUUUAAAAAAACUUAACAUAGAAGUAGACUUCUAUGCAGUGGCAGUGUAAACCACUUAGCUGGUCUAAGGUUGCACACAGUAACAAAAUAAUAUUUAUGCAGUACAUGGCUCAAUGGCAAAUAUAGAAAGGUUAGGUUAGGUAUAGAAGAUACGUGAAAGACAUAGAAAGUACAGAGUAUGCAGUCGUACGCAGCGGAGGUGGUGUUGACAAAGUACUAAAAUAUACGAGUUCAGUUCAUCAACACCUUUAUCAGGCUGAUCAUCGUAUAUAUGAUUGAAAUACCAUGGCUGGCCCUGUUGUGUGCUAUGAUUUGAUUGAUCUGAAGGGUAAUACGAUCGGCCCAGGAGUCCCAUCUCUUGUAAUACAUUGAAUAUGUUAACGGGGAAGGUAGGAGUGCUGGGAUAGCAGGUAAAUGGACAGCGAGCGUAGAAACUGCAUCGAGAAAGACAGCCGAGAGCCAUUGAACAGCAAGGUCAGGGGCAUCAAAACACUAUGUAUAUCCACCUAGUAGUACCUUUGCAUUUUGAAACUCCGAAACUGAUUUUGUAGAGGGUGGGGGGUAACUUGCGUCUUCGUAGUCGUUUUUAGUCUACUUUUACUGCAGCGUAACAGUGUCUACAUGAUGAAGUGUCAUAAAGGUCACAGGUCAUGGCCCCUUAAUAAAAGUUGAAAAUGGAAUAACA